AUGAGUGCAGAGACCAUAAUUGCAGUUCCCCCGCCGCCCGACCAGCCGAACCCCACCGACCGUGACGUCACCGAUAAGGAGCAACACGCCGCCCAAACAAUCCAGCGAGUAUAUCGGGGCUAUCGCACGCGGAGAGAGUUACGCGGGCUUGGACUCUCGCAGCACUCACAGAACACAUCGCGACUGAUCGAGGCCGUCAAAGAAGCCGAAUGGCGUCAAAUCCACCGACCUUCCGCGCCCGAAGACAAGAGCGAUCUCGACAGCGCUGCCCAUGCGCGUAAGAACUGGCUCCGCGCCGUCAGCGUCGCCAAGCGAGCCGGGGGUGACGAUGACGACGACCUCCUGCCCGCGCUCCCCGACGAGCCCGCCUCAACCACAACCUCCGCCCAGCAUGAGUCUCGCACCUCCACCAGUGCCAGCAACAGCCACGGGCCACAGAUUCACCACGACCUCCCCGCCGGCACGACCGCCAAGAUGAUGGACCUCCAAUACUUCCUGGAGAUGGUCGACCUGAAACACCGCCACGGCAGCAAUCUCCGCGUCUACCAUAUGUACUGGAAGACCUCGCCCACGCAGCAGAAUUUCUUCUACUGGCUCGACCACGGCGAGGGCAAGGACCUCGAUCUCCCGCAGUGUCCGCGCGAGAAGCUCGAGCGCCAGCAGGUGCGCUACCUGAGCCGAGAGGAGCGCAUGAACUACCUCGUGACCGUCGACACGGCGGGGCGGUUCCGCUGGGCGAGGAACAAUGAGCUCGUGUGGACGGACAGUAAGCGGUUCAAGGAUAGUCUGCAUGGCGUGGUGCCGAUGGAAGAGAACGCGCCGCGGUUCAAGGGGAAUGAUGCUGCUGCCGAUGGCGAGGCGUCGUUUGGGGCAUCGUCGUCGUCGUCGUCAUCGUCCUCACUCUCGUCGCUCUCGUCGUCAGACUUCAGUACCACGGACCGUGUGCAUGAUGAUACGAUCGGGAAGCAUGAUACCGAUCAGUACAAGGCGGCCAAGGUGGCGAAGAAGUUCGUGCACACCACGCCGGCGACGAUGUUGAAUGCGCUAAAGGGAAAGUCGUCCAAACGAAAGGAGGAUAUGUGGAUUUUCGUGGCCGAUACCUCCUUCCGGCUCUUCGUCGGCAUCAAAGAGUCCGGUGCAUUCCAGCACUCGUCGUUUCUCCGGGGCGCCCGCAUCGCGGCCGCCGGGCUGAUCAAAAUACGCAAUGGCCAGCUGCGGAGUCUGGCACCUCUCAGUGGCCACUACCGCCCGCCCGCCGCCAACUUCCGCGCCUUCGUGCACUCGCUGCAGGACCAAGGCGUCGACAUGUCAGGCGUUUCCAUCAGCAAGUCGUACGCCGUGUUGCUCGGCAUCGAGGGCUACACGCGCACCAAGCACAAGGUUCGGGCGCUGCACGAGAAGGCAGAUGAGGCGAAACACAAGCUCCUGCGCAAGCGGAGGGAGAAGGCCGAGGCGCAUGAGCGCGGGGAGGAGACGAUCAACAAAUCCGAUCAGCCAGGUGAUGGGGUGCAGGCGAGUGCAGGAGGUGCCGAGGUACAGCCGCAGCAUAAGCCUCGCACGAUGAAUUUGCCUAUUCGGCAGAAGUCCUUUCCGGCCGCGUGA